GAGGGUUCCUGUCUGAUGCUGGCUGGUACAGUGAUGCUGAAAAGGUCUUCCUUUCCUGCCUUCAGUUAUGUACCCUUCAUGAUGAGAUGCUCCACUGGUUUCGUGCCGUCGAAUGUUGUGUCAGGUUGCUGCAUGUCCGGAAUGGCAACUGUAAAUAUCACUUGGGAGAAGAAACCUUCAAAUUAGCACAAUCUUAUAUGGAGAAACUAGCCGAGCACGGACAGCAAGCCAACAAAGCUGCCCUCUACGGAGAGCUGUGCGCUCUGCUCUUUGCAAAGAGUCAUUACGAUGAGGCUUACAAAUGGUGUAUAGAAGCAAUGAAGGAGAUCUCAGUUGGUUUGCCUGUAAAAGUAGUUGUGGAUGUUUUGCGACAAGCCUCAAAGGCUUGCGUUGUAAAACGUGAAUUUAAGAAAGCUGAGCAGUUGAUAAAACACGCAGUGUACCUAGCACGGGAGCAUUUUGGAGCCAAACAUCCUAAAUAUUCAGACACUCUACUUGACUAUGGAUUUUAUUUACUAAAUGUAGAUAACAUAUGCCAGUCAGUUGCAAUUUAUCAGACAGCCUUGGACAUCAGACAGUCGGUGUUUGGUGGCAAAAAUAUCCAUGUAGCUACAGCUCAUGAAGAUCUAGCAUACUCUUCUUACGUUCACCAAUACAGUUCGGGAAAAUUUGAUAAUGCACUAUUCCAUGCAGAACGUGCGAUUGGCAUCAUCACCCACAUUCUCCCAGAAGAUCAUCUCCUCCUCGCCUCCUCCAAAAGAGUUAAAGCGCUUAUCUUGGAGGAGAUUGCAAUCGACUGCCACAAUAAAGAAACUGAGCAAAGGCUGCUCCAAGAAGCUCACGACCUACACCUCUCCUCUCUCCAGCUGGCCAAGAAAGCAUUUGGGGAGUUCAACGUUCAGACAGCAAAACACUACGGCAACCUUGGGCGACUUUAUCAGUCAAUGAGGAAAUUUAAGGAAAAAAGCUGUUUGGGGAAGGUUACAGCGGACUAGAAUAUGACUACAGGGGCCUCAUUAAACUGUACAACUCCAUUGGCAAUUACGAGAAAGUAUUUGAAUACCACAACAUCUUAGCCAACUGGAACCGAUUGCGGGAUCGGCAGUUUUCAGUCACAGAUGCCCUGGAGGAUGUAAGCACCAGUCCUCAAUCAACUGAACAAGUUGUCCAGUCUUUCCUGAUGUCUCAGACCGUCGAAGGACCCAUUUGCUAAGGAACUUGGUCAAUUCUACCAAUAUUUCUUUCUUUCUUCGUUUUCCCCCCAGGUUUACACGGGAAAAGUCAUACUGUGAAAUUCGAAACCUUAUUUCAUUUUUUUUUUCUUUUUCCCCUCCUUUCCCGGAGCUGUUUAAAAAAAAAAAAUUUACAUUGGAACACUGGUCCAGUCCAUUAAAAAAAAAAAAUCCCCAUUUGGGGGAUGACAUCAACUUUUGAUGGAGUGACCGUGAGCCGGACAUGUGCUUAAAUGCACGAGCAUGAGCACAGCAUAUUUUGUUUGGGUUCAAGGUGCGUGCGUGUGUAAUGUGUGUGUGUGGUUAACAAACACGUACACACAAGCAUGUA